AGAUGAGCGAGCGGCAGCAGUCGCGAGGAGAGUUUCUCCGUGUUUUCAGUCAGAAGCGCAGCUGCCGUUCCUAACGAGCAGACAUGCAUCGCAACCCAUUUUUAAUCAGCUAGUAUACAUUUCCUCCCCUUUGAGCCGCACUGUGAGAGGAGGGAGCGGAUCCGUAUGGUCAAACACAGCCUAUUAUGUCCGCACUUCGGAAGAAAUUCGGGGACGACUACCAGAUAGUGACCACGUCGUCGUCCGGCGGCUCCGGCUUCCAGCAGCCCGCGCCAGAGAAGAAGAGGAAGCGGCAGCGCUUCGUGGACAAGAACGGCCGCUGCAACGUGCAGCACGGCAACCUGGGCGGAGAGACGAGCCGCUACCUGUCCGACCUCUUCACCACGCUGGUGGACCUGAAAUGGCGCUGGAACCUGUUCAUCUUCAUCCUCACCUACACGGUGGCCUGGCUCUUCAUGGCCUCCAUGUGGUGGGUGAUCGCCUACGUGAGGGGCGACUUGAACCGCGCGCACGACGACAAGUACACCCCCUGCGUGGCCAACGUGUACAACUUUCCCUCGGCCUUCCUCUUCUUCAUCGAGACCGAGGCCACCAUCGGCUACGGCUACCGCUACAUCACGGACAAGUGCCCCGAGGGCAUCAUCCUCUUCCUCUUCCAGUCCAUCCUGGGCUCCAUCGUGGACGCCUUCCUCAUCGGCUGCAUGUUCAUCAAGAUGUCGCAGCCCAAGAAGCGCGCGGAGACGCUCAUGUUCAGCGAGCAUGCGGCCAUCUCCAUGCGGGACGGCAAACUGACCCUCAUGUUCAGGGUGGGCAACCUGAGGAACAGUCACAUGGUGUCUGCGCAGAUCCGCUGCAAGUUGCUCAAAUCUCGGCAGACGCCCGAGGGUGAGUUCCUGCCUCUGGAUCAGCUGGAGCUGGACGUUGGAUUCAGUACAGGGGCUGAUCAGCUCUUCCUCGUGUCUCCACUCACUAUCUGCCACGUGAUUGACAGCAAGAGCCCCUUCUACGAGCUCUCCCAGCGCUCCAUGCACACAGAACAGUUUGAAAUAGUGGUGAUUCUGGAGGGAAUAGUGGAAACGACAGGCAUGACUUGCCAAGCACGGACGUCGUACACAGAAGACGAGGUGCUGUGGGGCCAUCGUUUCUUCCCGGUCAUCUCCCUGGAGGAGGGUUUUUUCAAGGUGGACUACUCUCAGUUCCACGCCACGUUUGAGGUUCCCACACCUCCCUACAGCGUGAAGGAGCAGGAGGAGGCCUUGCUCAUGUCCUCCCCGCUCAUGGCUCCGUCGCUGUGCAACAGCGGCGAGAAGACCAGCUCUCUGGACUGCCUGGAGCUGCUGGAGGACACAGAGACCACCACCAAGCUCCCGGCCAAGCUGCAGAAGAUGACGGGUCGGGACGGGCUGCCCCGGAAGCUACUCAGGAUGAGCUCCACUACUUCGGAGAUGACCUACAGCCUGGGAGACCUGCCCAUGAAGCUGCAGCGCAUCAGCUCAGUGCCUGGGGUCUCUGAGGAAAAACAGGUCUGCAAGGCCACCAAGAUCAUCACCGAGCCCAUUAGCCAAUCAGUGGCGGACUUACCGCCCAAACUGCAGCGGUUAGCAGGGGGCGGCGGAGGGGGCCGCAUGGACGGACACCUACCCCCCAAACUACGAAAGAUGAACUCAGACCGCUUCACGUAGAAGAAGCCACG